GGUGGUACAAUAGAAGCUAGUCUGAUUGAAGAAAUUUGCUGAUGAUUGUACUCUAUAUUCGAAGUAGAACCCGGAGUCAAGAUUUUCCCAUUUUAAGCAACUUUGAUGGCAGAAAGAAGAAGGUCCUACAGUGUAGGGGAAGCAAUGGAAGAACUCAUGGGACCUAGUGGACAAAAAUGGGCCAAUAUGGAUCCAGAAGAACGAAUGUUAGCAGCUGCUACAGCCUUUACCCAAAUCUGUGCGGGGCAGGGUGAGGGAGAUGUCAGGAGACAAGCCCAGUCUACCCAAUAUGAUCCCUACAGCAAAGCUUCAGUAACCCCAGGAAGGAGACCUGCUCUUCCCGUGCAACUGCAGUACCCACACGCAGAAAGUAAUGUCACUCCAGAAACGGUCUCAGAGGCCUCCCAAAGACUCCGAAAGCCAGUGAUGAAGAGAAAGGUGCUCCGUAGGAAGCCGGAUGGGGAAGUAUUAGUGACAGAUGAGUCAAUUAUCAGCGAAUCAGAGUCUGGUACAGAAAGUAAUAUGGAUCUCUGGGACUUAAGACAAAGGUUGAUGAACCUGCAGUUCCAGAAAGACAGGGAAUCCCCUGUUGAUAUUUCAGAAAAAUUUAAUCUACCACAUGAAUACCAAGGAAUUUCUCAAGAUCAGCUUGCUUGCUAUCUACAAAGAGAAGGAAUGGGCCCUCCAGCUUAUGAACAAGACCUGAUCGUUGCCAGCCGACCCAAGUCCUUUAUUCUCCCAAGGCUGGACCAGUUAAGUCGAAACCGGGGCAAGGUAGACCGGGUAGCCCGCUACUUUGAGUACAAACGAGACUGGGACUCAAUGCGGUUACCUGGUGAGGAUCACAGGAAGGAAUUACGCUGGGGUAUCCGAGAACAGAUGCUUUGUCAGAGAGCAGAACCCCAAUCCAAGCCUCAGCACAUAUAUGUUCCAAACAAUUAUUUAGUACCAACUGAGAAGAAGAGAUCUGCCCUUCGUUGGGGUAUUCGUUGUGACCUCGCAAAUGGCGUCAUGCCCAGGAAGCUUCCCUUUCCUCUUUCUCCUUCUUAAGGCUUUUAAAAAAACCUGCCUCUCCUUUCUCAUGAUUGAUACAACAUGGUACUCUAUAUCUUUCCUUUUGUUUAAGUGGAAACAACUAAUGUGAAAGCCCAAGAGAAGC